UAUGAGUCAUAGAAUUGAAAUGAAAAGCGAUAUUAGUAUUCUGUGAUAUUUAUCUUUUCGCAUUAUUUUUGCAAACAAAUUACAAGUAGAUUCUAUUCGAAAUAGAAUAAAAAUUAUGUGACGAAAAUCAGCUAUAUCUUUAAUUUCUCAACUCUUUCUAGUCGGGUCAUUGUUAGGUUAAUUCUAAUGCUGAUCAUGUGAGAUGAAUAUGAUUGGUUAUAAUCUAAAUAUUCGGUUUUCUUCAAAUACUCCCAUGUUUAUUUGGUGUUAUUGAAUCAAGGAUAAGCAGAAAAAUGAUACACCAAAUGGGGGGUUAUUUGAAAGUAACGGUGAUAGUUGGCAUUAUACUUAGAAUGAUGCUUCGGGUAUGGGCCUAUUCAGGAUUAGUACUUGUGUUUUGCUUUUUGCUUUAUUACAUGUAUGGAGGUAUCCUUGCAUUCACCUUACUUUUCAUGUCAGUUAUGGGUAUAUUAUAUCAUGCUCAGGAUAAUUUUCUGUUUUACCCAGAAGUACCAAGUCAUUCCAGAGUUUAUAUCCCUAUUCCCUCAAUGUUUGGUUUACCAUAUGAGAGUCUGUAUACCAAAGCAUCAGAUGGAACUGUAAUUCAUAUGUAUUUUAUUCAUCAGCCUUUAGAGCGAAGAAAAAAUUCACCCACUUUCUUAUUUUUCCAUGGCAAUGCAGGGAAUAUGGGACAUCGUUUACAGAAUUGUGUGGGAUUAUAUCAUAAUUUGCAUUGUAAUAUUCUUCUAGUCGAAUAUAGAGGUUAUGGACUUUCUGAGGGUAGUCCAACUGAAGAAGGGCUUUACUUGGAUGCUAAAGCAAGCCUCGACUAUCUGUUUACAAGAAAUGAUAUAAAUAAUAAUGAAAUUAUAGUGUUUGGAAGAUCUUUGGGUGGAGCAGUAGCUAUAGAUUUGGCAUCAUGUGAUGAAUAUUCCAUGAAAAUUUGGUGCCUUGUAGUGGAGAAUACAUUUACUAGCAUUCCUGAUAUGGCAAGAGUUAUUUUCGGUUGGAAGCUAUUCCAUUUAUUACCAUUAGUAUGCUACAAAAAUAAAUUUCUUUCAUUGAACAAGAUGAAGUUGCUUCGAGUGCCAUCUUUGUUCAUAUCUGGCCUAGCUGACACUUUGGUACCACCAAGAAUGAUGACAGAUUUGCAUGGCACAUGUGCUAGUUAUGCUAAGCAACUUCUUCAGUUUCCUUCAGGAACUCACAACGAAACAUGGACUUUACAAGGCUAUUAUCAUUCUUUGGCCAUGUUUCUUCAGAAUUGCAGAAUUCAAAACCCCAAAUCUUAUAACAAGGAUGUUUUCAUGAACUAUUCUGAGAAAAAAAAAGAUAGGAUAGAAAUACUUUGAAGAUUGUACAUAAUGUCAUUAAUUCAAUGUAAUAAAAUAUAUUUUUUUAAUUAAUGAUAAAAA